UGUCAGUUGUCACAUGCGUUCUCCCGCUUGGUGAUCAGGUUAUAAGAUUUUUGGUUUAUUUAUCUUUUUGGAGUUUUCAAGAGCCACGAAAAAAGUCAAGUCUUUUUUAUUUACAGUUUGUAAAAUAUUUGUGCUUCUGGUUUUUGUAAUUUCAUUCAUUUAUAAUGAAUCCUUUAACUAAUGUCAAAAACAUUAAAAAGCUUACUGAGAAAGAAUUACAAUACAGUAAUAAAACAUCUUGGCACGAUCAGUAUAAAGACAGUGCUUGGAUUUUUAUCGGUGGUCUACCGUAUGACUUAACAGAAGGUGAUAUUAUUGCAAUAUUUUCACAAUAUGGUGAAGUGGUUAACAUAAAUUUAAUCAGAGAUAAAAAUACUGGAAAACAAAAGGGAUAUGGUUUUUUGUGUUAUGAAGAUCAAAGAAGUACUAUACUAGCAGUUGACAAUUUUAAUGGUACAAAGAUUUUAGGUAGAGUAAUACGAGUAGACCAUGUUGCCAAUUACAAGGCACCAAAAGAUUCUAAAAACAUAGAUGAAGAAACGAAAAAAUUACGGAAAGAAGGUUGUGCUCCGAGAAAAAAUUGAGUAAAAAUUUGCUUUUCAGUAGUGAUUCAGCCAGCUGACAUGAUACCACGAGUGUGCAAGAGACAACUUGGUCAUAUCAUGAAAAACGCAACGAU